ACAGAGUCAAUUUCCCAGGUGGCAGCCGGCAUGGCGUACAUCGAGAGGAUGAACUACAUCCACAGGGACCUGCGCUCUGCCAACAUCCUGGUCGGAGACAGUCUGGUGUGUAAGAUUGCUGACUUCGGUCUGGCCAGGCUCAUUGAGGACAACGAGUACACAGCGAGACAAGGUGCAAAGUUUCCAAUUAAGUGGACUGCACCCGAGGCAGCUCUGUACGGGAAGUUCACCAUCAAGUCCGACGUGUGGUCCUUCGGCAUCUUGCUGACAGAGCUUGUGACCAAAGGCCGGGCUGCCGCAG